UAACUCAGUGAAGCGGAAACCGUGAGAGCCGAGCUCGCGCCACAGGCUCAGAGAAGUUGUCAUCUUCACGAGGGCAGCUGCAGCUGAUUCCAGCUCUGCUGAUGAAGAGUGAAUUCAGACCUUCACCGUGUGAUGAAGAGCUUUACUCGCUCACUGACGACCUGAAGACCGGUCCAGGGUCCGGGUCCGGGUCUGGGUCUGGCUGCAGGCCAGGGUUUGUCCUUUCUUCCACCCACUGGUGAUGCUGUAUGUGGCUGCUCUUCACCUUCUGUCUUUUUAUGAGGAAUGAACUGAGGUGCUUCUUCUACUGCCUUCUCAACGUACUGCUGAUUCUUCUAUGGACACAGAUUGAGGUGCGGCGUCCAGUGCAGAUACAGUAAAGUGGACCCAGGAAGAUGCCAGCCCCUCCUCCCCCACCACCCCCAGGGCCUCCCCCUCCUCCCACCUUUGCUGUUGCCAACACAGAGAAGCCUACUCUGAACCGUUCAGAGCAGCAGGGAAGGAGUGCUCUGCUGUCCGACAUCUGUAAAGGCGCCAGAUUAAAGAAGGCUGUCACCAAUGACCGCAGUGGACCUCAACUGGACAAACCCAAAGGAGGAGGAGGAGGAGGUGGAGGCGGUGGUGGUGGUGGUGGAGGAGGAGGAGGAGGAGGAGGAGGAGGUUUUGGAGGUGGGGCUCCUGCUGGUUUAGGAGGCCUGUUUGCAGGAGGGAUGCCGAAACUGAGGUCUGCAGCAAGCAGUGGUAAAAAUGACUCAGGACCCAGCCGAGGGCCCGUGCUCCCUCCAGGAGGCCGCUCUUGUGGGCCCAGCCCCUUCGGUGGCGGUGGAGGCUCCGCUGGCCCGCCCAAACUGCCAGGCGCCCCUGCUGGUGGCCGUGGCAACGUCCCUGACCUCCCAAAGGGCCGGCCAAAUCUCUCCUCCAGACAAGACACUCCGGGAGGCCCCCCUCCUCCUGUGCCCAACACUCCUCGACCAAACCAGAGCUUCCAGCCUCGUGGGGGUCCGUCUCCGCCAUCACUCCCUUCAGCACCCAGGCCCAGCCCGGCCUCUGGACCUCCACCUCCCAGUCUUCCACCAGGGAGACACGGACCUCUCCCUCCACCACCAGGAGGCUCCUCACCUGGACCAAGACCAGGAUUCUCUGCACCUCCUCCCCCACCCCCGAACAGCAGCCGACCUUCCUUACCCCCUGCUCCUGGAGGGAGGCCCCCACUUCCUGACGACCGGCCCCCACCACCACCACUAGGAGGUCAUCGCCCAUCUAUGCCCCGCGAUGUCCCCCCGCCUCCUCCCUCUGUCAACUCCAAGCCUUCCUCCUCCGUCUCCUCCUCCCCUGCCUCUCGUCCCUCAGUUGGUGGGGGUGCACCUCCUCUCCCACCGGGCCGACCGGGUCCCCCUCCUCUCCCACCCACACUGGCUGGUGGGGACGACCACAGCACCCCUCGUCUGCCCCAGAGGAACCUGUCGCUCAACAGCCAUGGUCCAGCUCCGCCACACGGUCGGACAGGACCUCUCCCUCCUCCACCAAACGAGAGGCCGCCAUCUCUUGGAAGGAACCAGUCGUCACAACGAACAGGGCCUCUUCCUCCCCCUCCUCCCUCAGGUCGUAGCAUAGGUGGGGGCAGUGUGAGGUCAUCACCAGCUCCUUCUCCUAUUGGUCGGCCAGGCCCUGAGCCUCCUCGCGGGGGACCUGGCGGGAGACCUCCCCUCCCUCCGGACAGGCCGGGGACAGGAGGGGCCCCUCCUCCUCCUCCUCAACCACCCAUGGGUAACGGCUUCCAGAACUCUCACCACAACCAGAUACAGGAUGAGUGGGAGUGUCGCUUCACUUUCCAUCCGGUGUCAGACUUUCCUCCACCUGAGCCCUACGUGCCCUUCCCCAAGACCUACCCCAGCAAGAUCGCCAAGACUGACGGCAGAGGCUCUGGCAAAAAGGAGAGAGGAGCUCCUCCUCUUCCUCCCAUACCCAGGUGAAGAAGAGGUGACAGCAAACGCAACCCCUGGAACUACUUUUCCUUCCUGUCUCUCUCUUUCCUCUCUUCUCUGCGCUCAUUGUGCUUUUACCUGCGGCAUGUGGUUUCAUCUGUGGACUGCAACGUGUACAACGGACCUGAAGUCUGGUCGACCAAGUAAAAGUCCAGACUCCCAGUGUGGAGUUUACGUCAUGUGCCUCUGUAGCAGCAGAGUGGCAGCGCUCAAAGACCAAAGCCUGUUUAAACUCUGGUACACUGUGUUCGGAUAAAAAGAAGAAAAAAAACUUGUACCUCUUUAGGCACUUGGAAAAAUGUGUUUAAUAACCGAUGCUGUGGCUGGAAAAUAGUUUCUGGAUGGGCUUUGUUGACCUGGUUGCUGUGAGACAGUAUUUUAAAAAACUUGAUCCACUUUAUUCCAUUAACUAACCUUUUCAUCCUUUGCUUACGGCGGGUAAAAGAUCCCAUAGAUUGCUUGCUAGAUAUAUAUUUUACCAACCAGCUACACUUUUAUAAAACAAUACAAACUUGACAAAUAAACCAGCAUUCGGCACGUGUUCCUCUCCCAGCCUGCUCCCAGCUUUAGAUGAAGCUCAGUCAGCGUCAUUGUCAUCAUCGGGUCACAGUUCAGGGCUUCUAACGCAACCAAUCAGCUUCCUCAAGCGUGUCGACUAGUUUCUUUAGUGUUUCCCUCGUGCCUUCUUCUAUUCAGGAUUGUUUCCUCAGGCUGCUUAAAGAGUUAAGGGAAUUCGCCUUUUGUGCCUUAAAUUAAGUGUGUGUGUGUUUGUUCACCUGGAUCUGAUCACCUCUGCUGAUGUCUGUGUGUAAACAGAAGCAAUACAGCAGCUCGACUGCCACAACGAGGGCUGCAGCGGUAUGAGAUCUUUAACGGUACGAUAACCGUCUCAGAAAAUAUCAUGGCUUCACGGUACGACAGUAAAUGGUGUUACACAGUUUUUAUGAUCGGUUACAGUGAUCCUGACGGCUCCAGUGUGGAGGAUUCAGGGGGAUAUGUUUGCAGAAAUGGAAUAUAAUAUAAUGAGUGUGUUUUCUUUAGUGUUUAAUCAGCUGAAAAUAAGAAUCAUUGUGUUUUCGUUCCCUCAGAAUGAGACGUUUAUAUCUACACAGGGAGCAGGUCCUCGUCUACACAGAUCACCAUGUUGCACCACCAUGUUUCUACAGUAGCCCAGAACAGACAAACCAAACACUGACUCUAGAAAGGGACCUCAUGUUGUUGCAUUUACACGUCAGCAAGACCUGCGCAACGAGCAGCAUUGGAAAUACACUGAUUUUAAAACAUGAAACUGCUGUAUUCAGUGUUUUUACUGGGGUAAAUCAGCUGGUCUGUUUUGGAGAGGAAGACACCUCUGUGGAUAAUUCGGCUCCCGGUAAAAACUUCAUGCACAUUUGGAUCUGAAGUUAUCAGAGAAAAAAGCUGAGCACACAUUGUCAGAUGUAAAGCUAACAGCCAGCUCCAGCGUGCCAAACAGCAUCAGAGAAACACUGAUUUGUAACAUGAAAUUACUUUAUUCAGUGUUUUGACGGGUCUAAAUCACCUGGUCUGAUUGUUUUGAAGAGGAAGAGACCUCUGCUGAUGAUUCGGCUUUCGGUAAAAACCUCCUGAACAUCUGGAUCCGAAGUAAGUUAUCAGAGAAACAUGAGCACACAUAGCAGGUGCUGGGUGAGCAGCCUGUUUGCGACAUGCCAAACAGCAUAGAGGACACACAUCAGUGUUAACAUGAAACUUCUUUAUUCAGUGUCUUUACCCGUUUCAACCACACUGUACACACUGCUCCUUUAAAGGAACAAACAUGGAGGAUUUUUGUUGAGCAAACGCCUUAAAGUAAAGCAAAUUAUUUUUUAACACUGUAGAUAAGCAAAUGUAUGAUAACCGCCAAUUUUCAUAUCAUGCCAUACCGUGAAACCAGCAUACCGCUGCACCCCUCGCCACGACAUCUAGAAAGCUGAGUACAACAAAGUGUCUUAACAUCAGUACGUAGACAGACAUGGAACCAAACUGGCCACAACGUCUUGCCACGGCUGCAGAAACCAUCAGGGGAAACGCGGGUGUUUAAUUUGCCAAAGCCACAUGUGCCUUCACAGUUGAUGCACAUCUGUGUGUUUCUGUUGGAACCACUCAACGGUACGUUUCAUUUGAUUGUAAAAUGUGACGUGAGCAUUCAGUUAAUGUUCAUGAUGGAGAUGGACAUUGUACGGUGUUGGUUUUGGCAUUGGUUUACAAUACAACUGAUUCUUAUUUUGCUGUUUUGUUAAAGCUGCGAUGAAGGACCUGUGUAUGUGUCUGUAUGAUUUAAUCAAGUGGUUUUGAAGGACUGUUUUAUUUUAAGUUAUGUUUCACAACUGUGCAGUAUUAUGGUUUGUUUGUUUUGCUUCACCCAGCACUGCUUGGAACGGUCUCUUGUACGUGUGAUGUCUCAUUAUCAUGUGCUGGUCAAAGAAACAUUCUCUUACAGACAAUCAUAUGGAAGUAAACAUAUUUACAUCAAUAAAUAAAAUGCUUUAAGAUGCUUCAUGUGCUCUGCCUGGGCUGGAAUGUGCUUUUAUUGGACUGCACAGACACUCGUGCACAAAGGAGGAUCAUCAGAUCACAGAUGAGGACGGUGAAGUGUGUCAGCAUCCGUUUGAAGGGGUUUAUUAUGUAUUAUUGGAUAAAUAAUAUGCAUCAUUUACAUGUUUGUGCAAUAAAGCUGGACAAUACAUUGA